ACUCUCUCUGUGUAGGUCCGGCUGUUGUCUGGAACUCUCUAUGUAGGCCAGGCUGGUCUUGAACUCACAAAGAUCCAUCUGCUUUUGCCUCUUGGCUGCUGGACUUAAAGGUAUGCACCAUCAUGCCUGGCAAUACUGAAUUUCUGAUGCUUCUGAAUGCUGGGAUCAUAGGGGUGUGCUACCACAUAUGGUUUUGCUCAAUACAGGGGAUCAAAACCAGGGCCAGGCAAGUAUUCUACCCACUGACUCUGUCCUCAACCAGAAGUUAAAGUCUAAGGUGCUUUUACCUAAGCUUAAAUUAACCAAGACCAGGACCAGUGAAAUUAUUUUUCUUCUGUUUCACUUCCUUAAAGAACCAUCCUGGUUUUCCCCUCUUCCUUCCUCGCUUGUACGUAGGUGAUUUGGGGCUGGAAACUGGAGGGAACCGGGAGAGAGAAAUGAUCAAGGAAGGAUAAAAAAAACACCAAACAAACAAAACAAAAUUAAUUAAACGCAAAUCCAGCCAUGCAGCAAAAGCCCACUUCUGCCUCUCAGCUGGGAACUUGCUAAUCGCUUUUGCCACUUUUGGAGUGUUCCUGCCGCUGCCCGAGUCACCUCGAACGCCGAGGCCCGCUACCUCGGGCUGGACCCUUCCUGUCCAGUGUUGCUCUUCCAGUGUGACGACUCACUGGGAGCCUGGAGAGCCAAGAGUUCCCCAAAGUGACUACAAUCCACUAGAACCUCAGGACACACAAGCCCAGCUGCCCAGCUGCCUUCACCUGGCUGCCUUCCUGCUUCUUGGCCAAUCAAGAGUUGUUUACAAGUCUCAUUCACACACCAGUUGGCAACCAAGCUUCAGAGGUUUUCCCAAGCAGCUGCUGCCUCUCACCUGGGUGAACAGGAGAAGUAACAUCUGUAAUUGAUGCCUGAGAUUCUGAGAACAUAAACCCUGGUUGCUGUCUUCUUACUAGAUGGAGCCUGCUGCAGCAGCCCAUUGAGGGUUCUUUCCCGUGGGAGCCUGAACUCAUAAGCAGGACUUCAGACAGGGAAGAUGUUGAGUUCUAUCAAGUGUGUGUUGGUAGGGGACAGUGCUGUGGGGAAAACAUCAUUACUGGUGCGCUUUACCUCGGAGACCUUCCCGGAGGCUUACAAGCCCACUGUGUAUGAGAAUACUGGUGUGGACGUCUUCAUGGAUGGCAUCCAGAUCAGCCUGGGCCUCUGGGACACUGCCGGCAAUGAUGCCUUCAGAAGCAUCCGCCCCCUGUCCUAUCAGCAGGCAGACGUGGUGCUGAUGUGCUACUCUGUGGCCAAUCAUAGCUCAUUCCUGAACUUGAAGAACAAAUGGAUUAAUGAGAUCAGGAGCAACCUACCCUGUACCCCGGUUCUGGUCGUGGCCACACAGACGGACCAGAGAGAGAUGGGACCCCACAGGGCUUCUUGCAUCAAUGCCAUAGAUGGGAAGAGACUUGCCCAAGAUGUGCGAGCCAAGGGCUACCUGGAGUGCUCAGCCCUUAGCAACCGGGGAGUACAGCAGGUAUUUGAAUGUGCUGUCCGAACGGCUGUCAACCAGGCCAGGAGACGAAACAGAAGGAAACUCUUCUCCAUCAAUGAAUGCAAGAUCUUCUAAACCUCAAGGUCCUGCAUCCAGCAUUCAUGAACGUACCUCAAAGACUGAUGGGGGAGGGGAGGUGGCAAGCCAAGGGAGGGGAUGGACCUUUCUUGGUCCAUUUGAACAGCCUUUCUUCUGGGUGGGGUUAGAGGGGGAGGCUGGCCACGGAUGCUUCUGCUUCCACUCUAUAGAUGAACUCUUUGCCCAGCACAACCACAGAGAUUCCUUGGGAAGCCAUGUGAAUAGUCCAUCUUCGAUGAAAAACUAAAACAACUGUCCUAAUUUAGACAAGGAAGUGAAUUUCCCAAUUAUGCCAUAUUUAAACUCACAUUUUAUUUAAGUAAUAAUCAACAACAUAGCUUUUGUUUUCAGGCUUGGGAAGUCUUUUCUUUGAAAAGGCAAACUGCUGUAUGAGGGAAAUAACCUUGGGGGCUCAACCAUAUGUUAGUAGUGUUAUUAUUUGCUCCUGAAUUUAAUUUAGUUGAAACUA